AUAUUUCAUUCAUUAAUCGUCAAUCGAGAGAGAGAGAGAGAGAGAGAGAGAGAGAGAUCAGUUGAGAUGGAGAAAGUAAGACUAGUGUUCAUCCCAGCACCACGUUCCGGCCACCUUGUAUCAACCCUGCAAUUUGCAAAGCGACUCAUCGCUCGAGAGGAAAGAAUUUCAAUCACCAUUCUUGCAAUCCAAUCAGCCUCUCCUACCACCUUAAGUUCUUAUGCAAAAUCUGUUGCAGCCUCAGAGCCCAAAAUCCAACUCAUUGAUGUCCCAAAACCUCAACCAGAGCACCCACCUGCACAAGACUCAUUUAAGUCACCAGCAAAAUCUUUCUGUCUUUACAUUGAAAGCCACCUACCCAAUGUCAAGAAAAUCGUCACCAACCUCGUCUCAUCAUCCCAUGCUAAAGAGAGUUUGGAUUCAAUUCAUGUUGCUGGGCUGGUGGUUGAUUUCUUCUGCGUGUCCAUGAUUGAUGUGGCCAAGGAACUCCAUCUUCCCACUUAUCUUUUCAUGACGAACAAUGCAGGAUAUCAAGCUCUCAUGCUCCACCUUCCGAUCCGGCAUAAACAUAACGAAGUUGAGCCAAAAGAUUCCGAUCCAGAAUGGUUAAUUUCAGGUAUUGUCCAUCCAGUGCCUCCUAGAGUUCUGCCUGUGGCUUUGACAGAUGGUAGCUACUCUGCUUAUGUUAAGGUGGCUUCGAGAUUUCGAGAGACUAGAGGCAUUAUAGCAAACACGUUUGUUGAGUUAGAGACAUAUGCUAUCAACUCAUUUUUCCAUGACGGCCAAACCCCUCCGGUGUACCCAGUUGGACCGGUGAUCGAUCUCGAGGACUGUCAGGCUCAUUCCAAUCUAGAGCAGGCACAGCGUGACAAGAUCAUCAGAUGGCUUGAUGAUCAGCCUCAGUCCUCUGUUGUGUUUUUAUGUUUUGGCAGCAUGGGGAGCUUUGGCGCAGAGCAAGUGAAAGAGAUAGCUGUUGGGCUUGAGCAGAGCGGGCAGAGGUUCUUGUGGGCUCUGCGCAUGCCACCACCCAAAGGCAAAGGAAUGAUGCCAAUCGAUUGCCCAAAUCCUGAGGAGGUUUUGCCAGAUGGGUUCUUGGAGAGGACCCAUGGGAAGGGACUCAUCUGCGGGUGGGCCCCGCAGGUGGAAGUCUUGGCCCACAAGGCAACCGGUGGGUUUGUUUCUCAUUGUGGAUGGAAUUCAAUCUUGGAGAGCUUGUGGCAUGGAGUGCCUAUUGUGACAUGGCCUAUGUAUGCAGAGCAGCAGCUGAAUGCUUUUAGAAUGGUGAAGGAGUUGGGAUUGGCAUUGGAGAUGAGGCUGGAUUACAAGAAAGGCGGUGGUGAGGUUGUGAGGGCAGAUGAGAUUGAGAGAGCUGUGGUUGCUGUCAUGGACAAGGAGAGUGAGGUGAGGAAGAAAGUGAAACAGAUGGGAGAGAUGACCAGAAAAGCUGUGAAGGAUGGUGGGUCUUCCUUUGCUUAUGUUGGAAGAUUUAUUGAGGAUGUGAUUGGAAACAAUUGUGGUUCCAAUUGAUUGGAACAACUUUCAAAAUAGUAAUUAUCAUGUUGUUGGAUCCUUGUUUAGGAAUUUUGUAUAAACUAUUGUUAUGUUUUCAAUAUACGACUUUUGCAAACUAUGCUACAGCAA